AUGCCGGGACUUAGCGGGCCUCCGCGCGCGGGCCUCAUGGGCACCGUGCUGAGCUUCAGCCCGCGAGAGCGGCGCCCGCCCGCCGGAGCGCCGCCCGACCGCGCCGCCCUCGCCUACUCUUACGAGCGCCUCAACAAUGCCAAGAACCGCGAGAACCGAGACGCGCCGCGCGAUGAGCGCCGCGCCACUCUCGACGACGCCGCCAAGAUCAUCUCCGAGAAGACGGCGCUCGAGAAGAACCUCAAGAAACACUCGCUGUUCAUAAACGCGCUGUCGUGGAAGAGGUUCUCGACCGCUAACAACAACAAGAAGAAGCUGGAAUGCAAGAGCAAGAGUGUGACGACUUUCCGGGCGCCGCUGACGGACAAUGCGCCGCUCGACCGCAACAAGAAUGUGAGCGUGGGGGCGCCGGGCGGAGGGGCGCUGGGUGCGCUGCGGCCGGCGCCGGCGCCCGCGCCGCCCGAACCGCUGCGGGCCAGCGUGCUCAACAACAACGUGUGCGAGAAGCCUCCGCCGGCGCGCAAGACAGUUAUCCAGGCGUCCACCUCGGAACUGCUCAAGUGCCUGGGGCUGUUUCUGCACGCGCGCUGCCACCGCCUGCGCGACUUCCAGGCGGGCGACGCGGUCAUGUGGCUGCGUACUGUCGAUCGCUCUCUUCUGCUGCAGGGCUGGCAGGACGUGGCGUUCAUAAACCCUGCCAACGUAGUUUUCGUGUACAUGUUGGUACGCGAACUGGUGGACGGCGAGCGGAUAGCGCGCCCGCAGGAGCUGCAAGCUGUCGUACUCACCUGCCUCUACCUCUCCUAUUCUUACAUGGGCAACGAGAUCUCCUACCCUCUCAAGCCCUUCCUCGUCGAGGACUCCAAGGACAAGUUCUGGGAUCGCUGCCUCCUUAUUGUAGACAGGCUAUCCUUUAAUAUGCUCCGGAUCAACUCUGAGCCGGGCUUCUUCACCGAGGUGUUCACUGAGCUGAAGGCGUGUGGAGCAGUGGAGAGCACCCCACCCGCGCCGUUGCACCCCGCGCCACCACCGCCGCACGCACUGCAGGCCGCCUGACACACAGAGGUGGCCGUGCUGCGGCUGGCCCUCACCGACCGCCCCAGUCGCGUCUGAUGCCGGCUUUUGACUGGCGACGGACUUGGUCAAUCGUAUAGGUACUACCGAAAGACCUAGAAAAUACUAUGGUAACAGUAUUUUUUUAUUAAUAUUUGAUACCAGUCUUUAUUUAUGCAUUAGACUUAUGUUGAAUUGCAAUUAUUUUAUUUCCAAUCUCAAUUUCAUUUAAAUAUUUUUGUAUGAAUGUGUUCGGUGUGCACGUUUGAUUUCAUUUAUGGUAUAAAAAUGGCUUUACCGGCUUUAAAUAUGAAAAUCCGAUUGAAUUUAAUCAACCUUUCCACAUUUGCAAUGAAAUGUGAUAGAUCCAAAGGACAUUAUGUAUUUUAAAGUCGGUAUAAAAUGUUAACUAAAGUGGUCUAUUAUUCAAGUUUUUUUUAUUUAAUUUCAAAGUUUGUUCAUAAAAUAUUCAAUAUUCAUAGUAAAGAAUUUGAUAUUGCUCAAGUUAUACAUAAAAUAACGAUUGACCAAGACUUUGCAAAAGUCAAAAGUAAACGAUGAUUACGAAAUAUAUAAUAUUGGAGAUUUCAAAACGGCUCCAAACUAAGACCAAAGAGCUUUGGUUCAGUUAAAAUAGUUGCAAUAGAAGCUUCGCAUUCUAACCUAAAUAUGAUACUAUGACACCUUAACACGUUAGCUGCCGUGUCGAACUAUGUGUCCG